UCUGAUCAUUUCAUCAGAACCAGUCCGACCUUCACAGAGUAAACCACGGAGACAUUUUCACAGACUUACCUUAAAUUCAACUGUCGAUACCAUUUUAAAGUCAAGCCAGCGACCUGCACCGUCAGUGACGCAGCGGCCAACAGCACCUGCCAAAUCUGCAGCCUGUAAAUGGCGUCCCAACCACAGCAGCAGUUGGUCACCCUGCUGCUUCUCCUCCUCCACAAAACAUCUCCACUACCAAAGUGGAUGUUAUUGGAGAGUUGGAGCAAGUCAUUGAGGAGAUGGAGAGAGGAGAGCCAAUGUCCACUCUGAUGGAGACGGCAAACAGCAUCUUUGCCAGGGCCAAUGCUCCCAACCCUCCGUCUCCUCCACCUUCACUUCCUCCUCCUGUCUACGCUGGGCUCGAAAACAUCACCCAGCCUCAGCUGGCAGAGAGGCAUCGUAUAGGACACAGUGACUGUACGCCCCUGGGAGCAAUUCCUCGUACGGUUGAGCAGCAGAGUUCUUGGACGGCUGCUCCCACAAUGUACGCUGGACCUUUGCCUCAGUGGGGGAUCAUGCAGCCAGUCCACCUGCAUGGUCAGGCCGGUGCAUAUAGCCAGGGACAGUACCUGCCAUAUCAUUGCCCUUUUGGUAACAUCCCAGCCGUGGCAGUUGUCAGUCAGCCUGCAGUAGCUGGUCCCCUGCCACAGACAGCACCAGUUAUCUGUCAGCCUGCUACUGCUACUGCACACUCAUACAACAGUGUGCCAGCGCCUAGACUCCCUGACGGCCAGAGCCUGCGCUUCGUUGGAGUGCUGAAUGGAGGGGUGUUGUACAAGGUGCCAGAGGGACAUUUUGCUCUUCCCGUUCCUGCUGUUCCUCCACUGAACACCUCCAGUUCAAAAAAAAGAAAGCGCGAGAAAGAGCAGUCAAACGAGGGGCCAUACGUGAAGAAGCCUCUGAAUGCCUUCAUGCUCUUCCUGAAAGAGCACAGAGCAAAUGUUGGCACUGAGCUUCAAGGCAGAGGAAGUGCGGCCAUAAACACAGUCCUGGGACAGAUUUGGAACUCACUGACCAAAGAGGAGCAGGCCAAAUAUUUCCGUCAGGCCGAGAUGGAGAGAGUGCUCCACGCCCAGAGACACCCAGAAUGGUCCCGCAGUGACAACAUUGGCAAAAAGAGGAAGAAAUAG